GGUGGGCAUAGCUCCCUCGCUCCCUACGGUAAUGACUCCAUCCUCAAGUCUUAUUCAGACGACGCUCUGCAUGCUCGUAUACUCCCUACUCCCUACCAUCACCCGGAACCACUUAUCGAUACAAAACCGCCACGACCCACCAUACAACUCUUGUCCGUCUCAACAAAAACAUGCUACGAUAGCAUCACAACCAUCCGUCGCCUUCCAGCGCACGUCGGACUCAUGUUGGAACUUCUGCUGACGCUGGCCGUGGUGCUAUCCACCAUCGUGACGGGCAUUCUCUUGAUGUUGCCCUCGCGCUAUAUCAAGCAUUCGCCGCCAAAAGACCGAUUGCACAGCUCCGAUGAGCCCAAAGUCUCCGUCCAAGUGCUAGUUCUCGGGGAUAUUGGGCGCAGUCCACGCAUGCAAUAUCAUGCCAUGAGCAUUACCCGACAUGGCGGGAGAGUGGAUUUGAUAGGAUAUCAAGGUGCGAACUGCGAACCCCACGACUAACGAAUUUGUGUGUAUUUGACAGCAAACUGAUCUCUUUCUCCUGCAGAAUCCACCCCCCACCCUGGAGUAGUCCACAGCCCGAGCAUUAAUAUCGUUCCCUUGACACGUCCACCUGCCAUCCUUCAAUCGAAGUCUCUUCCAUUCCUCCUCGUCGGACCUUUGCGAGCGAUAUGGCAAUUGCUUUCACUAGUUUACGUGCUGGGCUAUGCUACCAAACCGGCAAGAUGGCUUCUGGUUCAGAAUCCACCUUCGAUCCCGACCCUUUACAUCGCUACCAUAAUAUGUUUCCUCCGCAACACGCAUCUUAUAAUUGAUUGGCAUAAUUAUGCAUGGACGAUCCUCGCCUCUACCAAAGGUGACCAUCACCCAUUCAUCAAGAUUUCGAAAAUGUACGAAGCUAUAAUGGGUAGGUGGGCCACAGCCUCGUUUACUGUGACAGAUGCUAUGGCCAAGCAGCUUCAAAAUCAGCCAUACAACAUCCGUUCGCCGAUAUUUACUUUACAUGAUAGACCUGCUGCAAUCUUUCAACCCAUAUCUGGCAAUAUAACCCGGCGCGCUUUCCUAGAAAGAUUGCCAGAAACUGCAGAACAUGCUGGAGCCAUCAUGACUGCCAAGACGCGGCUCCUGGUUAGUAGUACCUCCUGGACACCUGAUGAGGAUUUCAACCUUCUUCUCAAAGCUUUAUGUGCCUACUCAGCAUCUUCAAAACCACUGCCCCCAAUUCUGGCAAUCAUCACCGGAAAAGGCCCUCAAAAACAAAUGUAUCUCGAUCGAAUCGCGGAACUCAACGCACAAUCUAAGCUGAAAAACGUAUAUAUCUUAUCCGCAUGGCUUAGCACCCAAGACUAUGCCACAUUAUUAGCAUGCGCAGAUCUAGGUGUCUGUUUACAUAUGAGUAGCAGCGGUGUAGAUCUCCCGAUGAAAGUUGUGGACAUGUUCGGGGCCGGUCUACCAGUCGUAGGAUAUGGGAAUUACGCCAGCUGGGGAGAGUUGGUCCAGGAGGGUGUCAAUGGACGUGGAUUUGUGACGAGCGAUGAUCUCGCUGCCCAUUUAACUCGACUCUUUGGUGAUCCGGACGCAACGGAGCUCAAGGUGUUAAGAGAAGGGGCUGUGGUCGAGGGUGGAAGGAGAUGGGACGAUGAGUGGAACGGUGUUGCGGGUCGGUUACUUGGGCUUUGUGAUUGAGAAAGUCAUCCGUACAUCCAUACACACUUUGUCUCACGAGGUGGGAGACUCUGACCGGAUCUAAUGUAGACUCGUAGGUUAGAUAUACAUGUUGUAAAAAUGGAC